AUGCGUUCCAGCAUAGCCUGUAUCCGCUGCCGCCGCUCCAAGGUCAAGUGCGUCAACAACGGCGUCGGCACAACAUGUCGCUCGUGUGAGAACUCAGGACGAGAGUGCCAAUACCCCUCACCCGUGACGGGGGCCAGUCGACGUCGGGACAGUCUUUCAGGACGGCCCGAAGGGUAUGGAGGAGAUACCGAGCGACGGCAGAGGCCACGAAAGAGCACACACACCUUCGUCGCCAACCCAGCGUCAGCAUCACGAGACAGUCCACGCCCGUUGCUAGACGCGUUAGACCCCACUGUGCUCACGCCUCAGGUGUGGCAGGAGCUCUUUGACAUCUUCCAGAUCCACUAUUCUGCAGACUUGCCCUUCUUGCAUCCCCCUACCUUCUUGAAGCCUCUACGUUAUGCCACGCUCCAGCCUCCAGCAGCCGCCGCGCCAGGCUUUUCCGCUGAGGCCACCAAAUCAGCGCGGCCUCCUGCCUCGACAGAGUUCCUACUGGCUUUCCUUGCACUGACUGCUCGCUUUCAUCCCAAACUCGUAGCUCACCACUCACCGCCAACGGCAGCUCGGGCCAGCAAUCCAUUGAUCGCAUCAGAAUACUAUGCUGCUGCAGCAAAUGAGCGGAUGGCGACUGCCUGGACGGACAACCGCCCACACGACAUUGAGCGAACGCAAACCACCUUGAUGAUAGGACUGCACGAGUGGGGCAUGUGUAGAGGCUCGAAGGCGUGGUUGGCUGUUGGCAUCGCCAUUCGAUCUGCGCAGGCAAUGGGAUUGCAGUAUGAGCUGGAUCUGGACGACGAACCCAUGUCACGUUCCCUCGCGCUCAACGGUGAAGCAGAGCGCAUGGGCGUGGACUCGGGAAGGAAGGCCGCGAGUGGCGGGUCCGCCGAGGACGUGUUCAUCCGUCAGGAAAUCAGACGGAGAACUUUCUGGAGCUGCUACAUCAUGGACCGCUACCUCAGCAGUGGCAAAUAUCGACCGCAGAUGCUUCACGCGAAAGAGCUCCGAAUCCAACUCCCAGCGAGCGAGCGGUCAUUCUUAUUUGCCGAAAAGGUGCGAACUCUGAUGCUUGGUGAAGACGAUAGAAGCGUGUCUGGUACUGGCAGGGCCGAAGUCCAGAGCCAGCGACAGCAGUCGGUUAUGCUUGGAACGACUGGUACCCCAGAGCGCACUCAGGCGCCUUCGCCCUCAAGCCUGGCGAUGGCUGAUACCGAUGAAGACAAGGGCAGGCUUGAGGUUGGCUCAGAUGAAGGUCUUGUUAGUCGCUAUGUCAAAGUACUUGAGAUCUACGGCAAAGUGGUCAAGUGGACCUGUGCUGGAGGACGCAGAGUUGAGGAGCACCCUCCGUGGGACCCUCGUUGCGAAUUCUACAAGCUUCGUCGCCAAUGCCAGGACUUCAAAGCCAGCCUUCCUCGACAGCACACCUUGACGCCACAGAACACUCAGGCGCACAUCAGCCUAAAAACUUCGACACCAUACACCCUUGUGCAUACCGUCUACUUACUUUGCCAGAUCAUGCUUCAUCGCGAGUACGUUCCUUUCAUCCCCAUCCGCUGCUCGAAACCUGAAGGACCGAUGGAUCCACCGAUCUUUCCGCCCGACAGAUUUGAUGUCCCUCGUGGAUUUUGGGACGAGAGUGCGCGCGAGUGCUUCAAGUCCGCCCGCGAUAUCAUGGAUCUUGUCCGCACCUGCCAGGAGUGGAGCGCACUGGUGGAGACUCCUAUUGUCGGGUUUGCCAUCUACACGGUAGCUUUUACUGGUGUAUACUGCAUCAACUUUCCAUGGAUGGAUCCUGAAGGUUACAUGUGCACACGGCCUGAUCCGUCAGCCAGACAGACCGAUGUCAAGCCCGGCGAAAGCAAAGGCUUUGCAGCAGCGCGGAAGGCUUUGGAAAUGAUCGGAAACAUGCGUUCAAGACUGCACAUGGCAGACGGCUGGUUCAAGACGAUCAACCGCAUGCACAGGUACUUCCGCCGACUCAAGGCGGAUUACAGGAAGAACAUCCAAGCAAUGGAAAGCUCGUCAGAAGGUGAUAGCCCAGUCAGCACGCGACAUCUCAGCCUACGUGAAGGUGGACUUGGCGGUGGCUUGGAUGAGUUCAGGUUGCUUGAGCGGACGCUGCAAGACUUUGGCAAUCUCGAAGAUCAUGACAUCGAGAUGGCCGACGCCAGUCGACCCGACUCGAGACCACUGGAUGCCGUGUAUGACGAUAGCAGCGCUGGCACCACCGUUAAGAGCGAAGAUGCUGGCGACCGCACUGAUCGUGCACCGCCAACAUCAGAGCCUCCCAAACCCGAGGGUGGUGCGUGGAGUGCCAUCAAUGCUACCCCUGGUGCAUCAGCCACCGCUUCAGCGGCAGCAAGCCGCCAUCCAAGCAUUUCAACGCCGUCGAGCGGACCGUUCAGGAGCUAUGAAUCUUACUCACAUCAGCAACAUCAUCAAACACCACCUCACCAGUCGCAGCAAGGACAGAACCCACAACCACAGCAUGGCUACAGUCACCACAUCAACAACUUCCGUCCAGCUUACUCGGACACUCCAGGCUCAGCCGGGCCUCCUGCGAAUCUAACUUCACCUGCCGCUCACUCUGCAACGGCUUCCACACCUUCGCAGAACCAGCCGACCCCACCAUAUGAGCGGCAGCAACAACAGCCUGCAUACCCGGGCUGGACUGCACAAAACGCACAAUAUCCUAUGCAUGCUCCCCCUCCACCGCCAAAUCCUUACACGAAUGGCGUCUCUCACCAGCAUCCAAGUUCGAUGCACCCACCUGCACCGCAUUCAGCAUAUCCAACACCAGGACAUACCACGCACCCACCACAGCAUCACUUGCAACCACCUCCGCCAAUACCUGAGGUCCAGCAGCAAUGGGAUCCUAUGACUAAGGAGGCCUGGCUGAACAGCAUCGACACCCGUCUCGGUGGUGACGAUGUUGCUGCGUUUGUGGAUGGUGGCGAGCUCGCUGAGUGGGCCAAUUUGGCAGCUGCUCAAGGCUUCGGCGGCGGCUGGCUCAGUACUGUCUGGGGUGGUGGAUCAACGAAUCAUUAA